AGGCGAGGGGAGUCGGGGGGGGGGGCAGCAUUUCCGGCGCCGCGAGGGAUUGUGGUAGCCACGUACCGGAAGCGCGGCCUGUGGUCGCUGAGAUCGAAGAGCGCUCGCUGCAACCAUGGCUCGCAAUGCGGAGAAAGCGAUGACGGCGCUGGCGCGCUUCCGCCAGGCGCAGCUGGAGGAAGGGAAGGUGAAGGAGCGGAGGCCGUACUUGGCGUCAGAGUGCGAGGAUCUGCAGAAGUCUGAGAAAUGGCGACGGCAGAUCAUCAGCGAAAUCUCCAAGAAGGUGGCCCAGAUCCAGAAUGCGGGUCUGGGCGAAUUCCGGAUCCGCGACCUCAACGAUGAGAUCAACAAGCUGCUACGCGAGAAAGGCCACUGGGAGGCACGAAUCCUGGAGCUGGGAGGACCCGACUACGGGAGGAUCGGUCCCAAGAUGCUGGACCACGAGGGGAAGGAGGUCCCGGGGAACCGUGGCUACAAGUACUUUGGGGCAGCUCGCGAGCUACCCGGAGUCCGCGAGCUCUUUGACCAGGAGCCCCUGAAGGCCCCCCGCAAGACGCGUGGGGAGCUCAUGAAGGACAUCGACGCCGACUACUACGGCUACCGCGAUGAGGACGACGGCGUGCUGGUGCCACUCGAGCAGGCGCUUGAGAAGGAGGUGGUCGCGCAGGCGGUGGCGCGCUGGCGCGAGGAGCGAGAGGCCCGAGCGGCCGCUGGCGGGGACAAGACGGCCGCGGCGCAGGAGGAGGAGGAGGACAUCUACGCGGUGACGAGAGGCGAGUCGGAUGAGGAUGAGGAAGAGGGCAGUGGCGGGGAGACGCGGGACAAGCAGCAGCAGCACUUCAUCGCUCACGUCCCGGUGCCCACACAGAAGGAGGUGGAGGAGGCGCUGCUCCAGCGCAGGAAGAUGGAACUGCUGGCCAAGUACGCCAGCGAGACGCUGCAGGCGCAGAGCCAGGAGGCUCGCUGCCUGCUGGGCCUGUAGGCGGCCGCCGCCGCGUGUACAUACCCCGGGCAGCCUCCCACGUUUUUGUAAUAAAGCUUCAGAUGAA